UUGAAAGCGACGACAGGAAGUGACGUCACCGCUACUUCUGCUAUCCCUGCUGUUAGCUGUUAGCUCCAUAGCUCACAAUAUUACCAAGCCGGGUUAAAACUAGAACUACUUGUUUCUUUUAAAACGACUCCAGUUAACAAUUUUUUUAAGUAGGUUACAUUUUCCUGGGAUACAGUUACCACGUUUUUUCGGCAAACAAACGCCUGUUAUUAAACUUUUGAUUUUGGGAGAAGAAAUAAACAAUAUGGCUGAAGGAUCCUCAGAGCUCCCCGACCUCAAUCCAGAGGGCUCGGCACAUAAAAAGUCAAACCACUACAAAUCCAGGCGGGGUCAGCCCAGGCACAUUAAUGACCGACCCUUCAGUGGCCCCUCACAACAAUACGGACAUCCUCCAUUCGGCCACCCUAAUAGUUCACAGUACCCUGACAAUCCUCCCUACCAGAACGAGUUAGGUGGGAGGAGGCGAGGUAGAGGGCGCAAGGAUGGAUUUCGAGGUGCAGACGAGAAUUUUCAUGGGUCACAAUGGCAAAGAACACCAAGUGAUUACGGUGGCCGCGGCCGAGGUUUUGGUGGCCACCAGUCAGAUAAUGGAGCCUAUGGGUCGAACUGGCGGGAGAGACAACAGCUGCAGGAGGACGACAUAAGAAAAAAACAAGAAAGCACUCUGAAUCAAAAAAGGACCUGUCCGGAUUCUCAAAGAGAUUUUCGGAGUCAAGGAAAACAUCCUGAACAGAAACGACGACAAGGACCAAUCAAGCCGCCACCACAGGAAGCUCGAGGUCCAGACAGGGGUGCGACUUGCCAUGGUAGCAAUGGCAGGCGACACCCUGGGCUCCAUCACAGAGGGCAAAGGUUACCACAGAACCACAGGAGGAACUUGGACAAGAUGCCAAAGAGCAAUGAGACUCAGACAGGUUGUCUGAUCGAACAGCUGUCAGAGGAGAAGUACGAGUGCAUGGUGUGCUGCGAGGUGAUCCGACUCUUGGCUCCCGUUUGGAGUUGCCAGAGCUGCUUCCACGUCUUUCACCUUAACUGCAUCAAGAAAUGGGCCCGAUCCCCCGCCUCACAGGCAGAUGAAUCAGCUGACGGUUGGCGUUGUCCUGCAUGUCAGAAUGUUGCUCUCAAACACCCGGCCUCUUACACCUGUUUCUGUGGAAAAGUGACAAACCCUGAGUGGCAGCGCAGUGAGAUUCCUCACAGCUGUGGCGACAUGUGUGGGAAGAAGAGAAGUGGAGCGGACUGCCACCACCCCUGUAACAUCUUGUGUCACCCAGGACCUUGUCCUCAGUGCCCAGCUUUUGUGACCAAAUCCUGCGUGUGUGGAAGAACCAGUCAGCCGAUGCGCUGCGGACAGGGUUCCCUCUUGCACUGUGACAAGGUGUGUGGCACCGUGCUCAACUGCGGCCAACACACGUGUACUCAGGUGUGCCACUCCGAGCCCUGUCAGCCCUGCCAGCUGCAAGUCGAGCAAGUCUGCUACUGCGGAGUCACGCCUCGUGAAGUCCUGUGCGGCAUGGAUGAAGACAAGUUUGACGGUUCGGGGCAUUUCUCCUGUCAAAAAACAUGCGCAAAGGUGUUGGACUGUGAAGCUCAUCAGUGCCAGCAGUUGUGCCACCAAGGCUCGUGCCCGCCAUGUCCUCGCUUGCCCAGCACAGUGAAGACUUGCCCCUGCGACCAGACGCAGCUGACCAAACUCCUGGAGCUGGGCUACUCUGAACGACAGAGCUGCACCGACCCUAUCCCCUCAUGCGGGAAGACGUGCGCCAAACCUUUGGCCUGUGGCUCCAAUGACACUAUUCAUCUGUGUGACAAGCUGUGCCACGAGGGUGCCUGUGGUCCAUGCUCCUUGACUUCAAACAUUAGGUGUAGAUGUACUUUUAAGACCAAGGAAGUGCCAUGUGCUACAAUCAAAAAAGAGGAGGAGCUGGUCUUCACCUGUGAGAAGCGCUGCAGCAAGAAACGGGCCUGUGGCCGACACAAGUGCGGCGAGCUGUGCUGUGUGAGUGUGGAACACAAGUGUCCGCUUAUCUGUGGCUACAAACUCAACUGUGGCCUACACCGCUGCCAGGAGCCCUGUCACCGUGGCAACUGUGAGCCCUGCUGGCAGGCCAGUUUUGAUGAGCUGGCGUGUCACUGCGGGCUGUCUGUGUUGUACCCGCCAAUCCCGUGCGGCACCAGCCCACCCGAGUGCAAGAACAUGUGCACUAGAAGACACGAAUGUGACCACCCAGUCUACCACAACUGCCACAAUGAGGAUAAGUGUCCCCCCUGCACGUACCUCACUCAGAAGUGGUGCAUGGGAAAACAUGAGCAACGCAGCAACAUCCCUUGUCACCUGCAAGACAUCUCCUGUGGCCUCACGUGCAAUAAAGAGCUUCCCUGUGAGAUGCAUCGCUGCAAGAGAAUCUGCCACAGGAGCGACUGCUUGGCAGGCGGCAGAUGCAAGCAGCCGUGCACGCUGCCACGCAACGACUGCGGCCAUGCGUGCGCCGCUCCCUGCCAUACCGGCGCCGAAUGCCCGCAAACUACAUGCAACGCUAAGGUGGCGCUGCAGUGCGAUUGCGGUCGAAGGAAAGAAAUGGUGGCAUGCACUGAGGCUACAAAUUCAUACCAAAGGGACGGCGUGGCGCAGUGGAAGAGUGGCCGUGCGCAACCCGAGGGUCCCUGGUUCAAAUCCCACCUAGUACCAACUUCGUCAUGUCCGUUGUGUCCUGAGCAAGACACUUCACCCUUGCUCCUGAUGGGUGCUGGUUGGCGCCUUGCAUGGCAGCUCCCUCCAUCAGUGUGUGAAUGUGUGUGUGAAUGGGUAAAUGUGGAAGUAGUGUCAAAGGGCUUUGAGUACCUUGAAGGUAGAGAAGCGCUAUACAAGUACAACCCAUUUAUUUAUUUAUUUACUUUUUAUUCCUUUUUUUUUUUUUGCAUAUCAUAUUGCACACUACAAUAUAUUUAAUUUGGAUAAAAGCCAAAUAUAAAAUACUGUGUAUAGUGUUUUUAUUAUUCAAUCAGUUAAUAUAAUCAUAUUUUACAUUAACGAUGUUAUUGAAUGUAAUGGCGUAUAAAAUAACGAAAUGAAAAAUAACGUCCUUGCAAAGUAACUAAUUACUCUUACAAUGAGGUGACUAAGUUACUCACUCAAUUAUUUUUUGGUUGAAGUACUUUGUAACUGUAACUAAUUACUUUUUCAAGGUAAGAUGUUUAACACUAAAGAUAAGCACCAAAAAAUGUGCUCAGUGUUUCUUAACAAAACUAAAGUAGCAGUUAUUUUUAUUUCUUUAAUUUGAACACAACAAUAUAAAACAUUUUCAAUUGAGAUACAUUUAUCAUAAAAAAUACUACUACUGACAUAAUGGUGCUAUCUAAAAAAAAUAAAUAAGUUAAUUAUACAAAAAUAAAAACACAAAGAAUGUGUCCAAAAUGGAUUGGAUCCUGCCACAUUACUCAGUUUACGGUUUUCUUAAUUCCACAAAUGUUUACCUUAUUCAUUAUACAUGAUACUGCAAUUUGUAAAUAGAAUACUAGUACAGUAUACAUAAUCACUUCACACCUAACUAUUUUCUGUAUAUUGUUAAAGGAUCCCGGUCUCCAUGUUGUUACACCUAUCAAAAAAUAUAUAUAUAUAUUUUGAUAUAUGAUGAUAAUGCUUUUUAGAUUUCUUCAUCUAAUUGAGUCAAUAAUUGAGCCCUCAGCCAACUUUUGGUCAAGUGCGGCAACUAAUAAUAUAAACCGAUGUUCAUGACCAAAUACCUUUGAAAUAAAUGGUAAAUAAGGAUGCCUGUUUAAGGUACUUGCCUCAUAAAAUCCUGUUUACAACCUUGUAACAUGUUCUGUGUUGCAGGUACGCCGCCAUCGC